CCUAAGGUAUCGUCGCUUCCGUCUUCAAGAGGCAACGAAAAGUAAUUUACUGUGAUCAGACACUUCACCUCCACCACAGAGUGCACAGGGGAAAGGUGUCAUUUGGGAUUACUCCACAGUCUGUCAACACAAGACACCGUUGACUUUUGAUUCACCGAGACGAGUGAAGGAAAGGGGCCCCAAGUAAAGGAAUAUUUGUCGUUUGGCGUCAAAGAAAUUUAAGAUCGACAAAACGAAGUUAUUCAAGGCACUAUAUUCUGCAGCUUUAGCUUACGUUAUUUCACAACAUUACAUGAUUUUAAAACAAUUAAUAUUCGUCUAACUAAUCGUGUCAGGUUACGUCGUAGGCUCAGCGCAAAGGACUCGUGGCUCCGCUGGAAGUUCAAACCUGGAUUCGAUACUCAUCACCAAUGGACAGAAACAGCUGAGAAAGCGACACUACUUGGAUCGCUUUUACCCAUUGGUGAGAGCCCCCUCUGCUGGCCGGAGGCUGAUGGAGCACGGCUCAGAGAGUCCAGGCCAGAGGGAGACCCCUGGGAGUCCAGACGCUUGGCGACCAUCGUCAGGGAAGGCCACGCGCCUGGAGCUGAACGGCAGCCCUGCCCGGCCACAAAGCCACUUUAACGGCACCUUACACCGACCUUUAGGAGGCCUGAUGAUCCCAGUCUACUGUGUUGUGGAGCGGGUGGGAGCGGGAGCAGGAGGUGGAGGAGGAGGUCCGGGGGAGGUGGGAGAGGAGCAUGCUGAGUUUGUGUUGGUGCGUCGUGACCUCCUCUUCUCCCAGCUAGUAGAGACGGCUCUGCUGGCCCUGGGGUACUCGCUUCAUGCAGCCGUGCAAGCACAGGGCAUCAUUAAAGUGGGACGCUGGAGGCCGAUGCCCAUCCAGCUGCUAACGGACGCUCCUGAGGCCACAGUGGCCGACAUGCUGCUGGACGUUUAUCACAUGGUCACCCUACGCAUCCAGCUGCAAAGCUAUGCCAAGCUAGAGGACCUGCCUUGGGAACAGUGGACCCACUCCACAGUGCGGUUCGCCCUAAAGGAGCUACUCAAGGAGAUGAACCAGAACUCCCUGGCCAAAGAGUGUCCACUGACUCAGAACAUGAUCUCCUCCAUUGUUAACAGCUCCUACUAUGCCAACGUCUCGUCCUCCAAGUGCCAAGAGUUUGGGCGCUGGUACAGGAAAUACAAGAAGAUCAAAGGGGAGUAUCAGGAGAAGCUGUGGCAUGGUGGGAGGGGCAAGCCUGAAAUCAAAGUGGAGAGGGACGCCCUGGCAGACCUCUGCUCCCUGGGCCAGCGCCCCUCGCCUCUCUCUGCCCUCUCUCACUUCAGCUCAGCCCACCACCAUCACCACCAGCAGCAGCAGCACCAGCAGCCAUCGCACCCCAAAUCCACCUCCCAGCAUGCCCUCUCCUUACCCCCCAGCCCCCCCCUCCACUCCCCCGGGGGCCUCCCCACUCCCCAACACCCUGCCGCUCCCCCUCCAACCGUCCUGGGCCCUGGAGGACUCCUGCAAUCCCAGCUCUCCCCACAGCUGGUGCGGCAACAGCUGGCAAUGGCCCACCUCCUCAACCAGCAGCUCGCCUUCAGCCGCCUCCUGGCGCACCCCCACCCAAACGCCGGCCCGCACCCACACCCGCACCCGCACUCGCCGCUCAACCAGCAGUUCCUCAACCACCCGCCCAUCCCGCGCUCCGGCUCGGCAAAGGGCCCUGAGGGCCCGGGCGGCACGACGGGGGGCGCCCCCUCGGCGCAGGACGUUCCGCCGGACAUCUACAAGCAGGUGCGGGAGGAGCUGAGGAGGGCCAGCGUCUCACAGGCGGUGUUCGCCCGCGUGGCCUUCAACCGCACACAGGUACAGCCAUGGCAGAUAUGGAUCCCCUCCUCAGUCUAUAGCCAAUGCACACAGGGAAUAGGUCUCCUCUCUGAGAUCUUGCGUAAAGAAGAAGACCCUCGCUCUGCAUCUCAAUCUCUGCUGGUGAACCUGAAGGCGAUGCAGAGCUUCCUGAGUUUGCCCGAGAGCGAGAGGGAUCGCAUCUACCAGGAGGAGAGGGAGAGGAACAGCAGCAGCAACGCCUCCAGCCUCACACACACACCCAGUAGUAGCCCUGCAGCAGGAAGACACAUACAGACGAAGGCUCCUCCUCCUCCUCUUCCUCACGUGGAGUUGCCGAUCAAGUUCGAGUCGCUGCUCAGCAUCACCGCCACCAUCUACGACGAGAUCCAGCAGGAGAUGAAGAGGGCCAAGGUCUCCCAGGCACUGUUCGCCAAGGUGGCCGCCAACAAGAGCCAGGGUUGGCUCUGUGAGCUGUUGCGCUGGAAAGAGAACCCGAGCCCAGAAAACCGGACCCUGUGGGAGAACCUGUGCACCAUCCGCCGGUUCCUGAUGCUGCCACAGGCCGACCGUGACGGCGCCUAUGAGGAUGAGUCCCGGCACCACCACGCUGAGCGCGCUCACAGCCUGGCUGCUGAACUACAGGCACAACAUCGGCAGCACAUUCAGACUCUGAAGGAACCUUUGCCCAUGCACAUAGAGCCAUCGCCCAUCAUGCUUUCCGAAGAGGCCAGUGUGGUCACUCAGAGGCUUACUGUGACCAGCAAAAGUGGCAGUAGCAGUGGCAGCAACGUCAGUGGCACCGGGGCUGGUAGCGGUGGCGGCAGCGGCGGCUCCAAGAAGCCGCGUUCGCGCACCAAGAUCUCCCUGGAGGCGCUGGUGAUCCUGCAGAGCUUCAUCCAGGACGUGGGCCUGUACCCGGACCAGGAGGCCAUCCACACGCUGGCCGCCCAGCUGGGCCUGCCCAAGAACACCGUGGUCAAGUUCUUCCAGAACCAGCGCUACCACGCGCGCCACCACGGCCGUGUCAAGGAGCCCACUGGAGACGCCGAGGCGGAGGCGGAGGAGGACGAGGACGAGGCAGCGGUGGGGGAGGAGGAAGAAGAGGAUGAGGGGGAGGAAGAGGAGGUACCACUGGAGGGGGAAGUUCCGUGCGGAGACAGGGACGAAAUUCACCCCCGCCAUGAGGAGGCGCUCUCGAGCCCGGACGAGUCGGCGAGUGGAAGCAACGGAACACUGAGAACGGACGGGAGCAGGACAGGAGAGCGAGGGGAGAGGGGCAACAGAGGAGAGGAGGAGGAAGAGGAGGUGCAGAAGGAGCCCAUGGAGGAGGAGGAGUGUUCCCCCGCUCCUGUGUGUGUGUCACCUGACGUGGUCAGCUCCCCGGACGUGGCCAAACAGCAGAGAUAGCAGCGUUCUCACAGGAGGACGGUACAGAGAGAGAGAGAGAGAGAGAGAGAGAGAGAUGAAAAGGCCCCGCAUG